AUGGCACCUUCAAACUCGCAUUCGAAUUCCUCAUCUCAACCUCGUGGUUCUGCUUCGAAGGUGAUGGCUGUGAAAGAAUCCUCGAAAAAAGGACCUAAGCCAUCAAGAUACACACCACCCGGAACACCCGAAGAAUCAACCGAAUCAUUACGGGCCAAUUCAAAAGCUGUCAAGAAGAAGACGGUUCCUGUGAAGAAACCGGAAGGGAAAGAAAAGGGUUAUGAUGCUGAUUCAGAACGGGAUAAUAGGUAUAAGCUUUUUAUUCAGAAGAAGAGUGGUGGGAAGAAUAAAGUGGCGCAGGUUUAUAGGAGGGAGGAUGGGAUUUGGGCGACGGAGACGGGAAAUAAAUAG